CUUAAGAUUUUAUAUGGAAACGAAAGCGUUUUGGUGUCCUAGAAGCGUAAAACCGUAAGUUUUUAAGUUUUAAAACGCGAUUUUGACUGCAUUGAUAUCAAUUACAAUUAGUUACGUAAGAGUUUUUUUUUAUGUUUAAUCUACCAGUAAUGUUUUUUUUUUACAUAGAUAUCGCAAAACCAAAAGGUGAAUUACCAUAGAUACGAAAUAUAUAAUUAUUUACAUUAUUUUCUCUUAACUAAUAUAAUAGAUAAACAAGAUUACAAUUAUAUCAUUAACUAAAAUGGUGCCUUAUAUGGUACCCGGUGAAAUCCGGAGUACCGCAUACCUUGAGUAUGGAAACACUAUCUAGACCUCGAAUUAGCAAGAUUUUUGGGUAUGAUACUAUACCCUAACCCUUAAUGAGUGAACCCUAGGUCCUAAUUAUCCAAAUCAUAAACUAUAAACCCUAAGAUGGUGAAUUGAUUUUUUUUGCCUAUAUUUGGACGAAUCAUUACCGUCGAUUAUUGUUUCUAAUUAAAUUGAUCUUGGGGUAUAAGAUUUAGAGAAUUAAGAUCUAGAUGUUGAUCUUUAAGAGUUAGAGUAUAGAAGCAUUUCCGAAAGAUCAGUCAAUUCAAGUUUUGGAUAGCAUUGGAGAUUUUGAUUUUUUAUUCGGGCCUAAAUGUACACUUUUUAUCCUUGUUUCUCUUUGGCGUUUGUGGCAUUUGAGAUCCAAAAAGGAUGGUUUUAUGCUAGGUUUGUUGUGCUUCAAUGUGUUUCAGAGUCUAACAGGUGGAACCUACCCCGGAGUCGAAAGUUGGAAGAAAAGGCGUGAGGAUCGGACAAAGAGGAGGAAGCAGUCGCAGUUUACGGUCCAAGCCGUGAGUUCACGGUCAUCGGGACCGUGAACUAGAGCCACAAACCGCAAACUAAAGAGGGUCCAUAGAGCUUUCAGAGGUUACUGAUGUCGAGUCAGUUCACUGUCUUACCACCGUGAACUAAAGCAUGGACCGCGAACUCGAUAAUUGAUGUGGUGUGUUUUGGACUAUGUUCACGGUCCAGGCAAGAUGUUCACGGCCGUGAACUGGGAUCGUGAACUGGGCGCGACCGUUGUAGAAAAGGAGAGCUGAAAGGAGGAAGAAGGGAGAGCCCAAAGUGAGAAAAACCUUCUUCUUCUUGAAAACCUAGAGAGAGAAAGCCACGAACCAAGAGGGAGAAGAGGCUAGGGUGUGCUCCAGGUUAAGAUUUGGGAAGUUCCUCUUCAAGCGAGGAUCUCUACAAGCACAAGGAGGGAUUGAGGCAUCACAAUGAGGGUUUUUCCCUUUUUUUCCUUUGUGUUCUUCCUUUGUGUAGCAUUGAGUAGUCUCCCUUUUCACUUGGGUGUUGUAGAACCCUAACUUCUACCUUAUAGUUGAUUAUGUGGAUUAAAUGAUUGUGUGUGGGUGGUAUUUAAUUUAAGGUUUGAGGUAUUUUUCAUGGUGAUUGUGGAUUGAGCAAGGUUUUCUUGGGCAUUCCAUGCCUCCUAUCUAGUUUAAUGUAAGGCAAACCUCUUAACUCGAAUUGAACACCUAGGUUAAUUGUGAUUAAGCCGUCCAAACCCCGGUUUGAGGCAGAAGGUAAGUCAAGCCUCAAUUUCUUGGGUCAAGAGGGCAACAAUUGUAGCCUAUAAUGCAUUCCUUGGCCUAGCAAUUGAGAGUGUGGUUUCCAACCACUGUUGCUCCUCCUAACGGUUCGCAAUCGCCUUGUCGCACACCGAUUCAUUCGAUCCCACAGUUCAUGAUAGUUAGUUAGGGGGAAACAACUCCUGAGUGGAGCUUCUCACUAAGAGUUUCAAUCCUUUUACUUUUCAAGCCUUGCAUUUUUAAGCAUAUAUUGCAGAGAUUUUCACAAACUUCAUUCUGCUAUAUAAUGUUUCAAACAAUCGAAGCAAGGGUACAUGGGCCGGCCCGGGUUGAUAUUUAAACAUACUUGACCUAUAUUGCGCCCAUCUAAGGUUCAUAAUUGGGCCUUAGGUGGGAUUUAAGUGUGAUAUUCGGGAGGAGUCAUGUUUUUGUCAAUGUUGCCAAGGACCUUCGGUCCAUUAUUUUGAAAAGAUUGUUUGGUGUUAAUCUGGCUUUUACUUUGAUUUUUGAUUGUGUGAAGUGUUGUUUGUGCUAGACGUGUUGUGGUUCUUUUAAGUGUGUGUAGGGAGGUGCAUGACCCGGAGCAAUUCGGCACCUUCAGCACCACUAGACGAGGAUCUCUACCGCACUCUCCGACUCUUGGAUCGAGAGAGGGAGAUAGCGGAAGCAAGAAUGAGGAUUGAAGAGAGGGGACAUCAAGUUGGUCCUGGAUUUGGAGGAGUUGAAGUGGAAAUUGAAGUUGAGAUAGCAGAGAACAAAAAAUGAAGUUCUAAUCCGCUUCAGAACCAAAAUGAGGAAGCGGGAGCCAAGGAAGAACCAAGGACUAUGGGCUAUUACAUGGCCCCAUGGGCGGUGGAUAUCCAAUCUCCCAUCCUACAUCCACCUAUGGCCGGCAAAAACUUUGAAAUCAAGCCCGCUCGUCACGAUGAUUCAAAACAAUGCCUUGUUUCACGGGCUUGCAAAUGAAUCACCAUAAGAGCAUGUUCAAAGGUUUCUUAAUCUUGCGAGAAACCUGAAGAUUAAUGGCGUCCCGAGGAGGCAUUUAAACUAAGGCUAUUCCCCUACUCCCUUGCGCGGGGGGGGGGGGGGGGGGGGGGGAGCACUCUGAUGGCUCAACAACCGAUCGACUCCCUCCAUCAACUCUUGGGACGAUUUGCUCAACAAGUUUAUGACCUGAUAUUGUCCUCCUUCCGAGACGUCCGAGUGGAGGAAGAAGAUCACCCACUUCGAGCAAGAGGAAGAUGAGACAUUGAGGGAUGCAUGAGAAAGAUUGUCGGACUACUUCCUCCAAUGCCCUCACCAUGGAUUCGAGGAGAAAUUUUGGAUAGAGACCUUCUAUGGAGGUCUCAUUUAAGAUGAAAAGAUCCUCAUCGACUCUCUUUGCCAAGGGAAGUUGAUGAACAUGACUCCACCUAGGUGACUGAGUUGCUUGAAGACAUGGCUCUCAAGGUAUACGAUUGGGGUUAGACGAGGAGUGGUAAGAGAAGCACCGAAAGAGGAGUGCGAAGUGUGAGAGCAAGUGUUCCAAUUAAAGCUAAGCUUGACAAGUUGAUUGAGGUGAUCCUUGAGAACAAGAAGCAAGAGGAAAGAGAGCGGUGAUGUCUUGUGAUUGGUGUGCUAGCACUAAUCAUGAAAUUGCGGACCGCCUAGCGAUGAAGGAGACAAGUACCCCCGAGGAGCAAUUGAGUUUCAAUGCCAAUGCUAGAGGUAACAACCCUCAUAGCAACACCUACAACCAUGGGUGGCGCAAUCAUCCAAACUUUGCUUGGUCUUCCCCUGCCAAUCCAAGACCCCCCGGCUUCCAAUGUCCAACGGGCAACUAUUAACCUUGACCUACUUUCAUCCAACAAAGGCCUCAGUUCCAAAACUCAAACUUCCAAUAACCAUACCAAACACAAGGUGGUCAAGGGUUCCAACAACAACCCGACAAGUUUGCUAAGCUUGAAGAUCUAGUGACCACCUUUGUGAGCACGAGCUCUCAGAAUUUUGAGAAGAUCGAGCAAUUAAUGGAUGUAACGACCUCAAUAUUUACCUCGAUCGAGGCGGGACUCCAAAGUCAUCAAGCAAGUCUUUAGAACUUGGAGUUGCAAAUUGGCAAUCUUCCUGGGAUCCUCAUCGAGAGACCAAGGGGAGCUCUACCUUCCCAAACCAUUGCAAACCCAAAAGACCAAAAUAUCGGGGUGAAUGCGAUUCAAUUAAUGAUAAGAGCUAACUUAGCUCAAGAUUUGCACAGCUGCAGACUUGAUACCAAACCCAAGAAACGAAACACAAACGGAGCACGAUGGUGAUGAAGUUGGUGAUUACGGAAGGGUUAGUCGUGCAGUUACACACCUAGCCCCUGGGGAAAGACUCGAAAUAAAUAAGAUGUGUGCCUGACCACGAUCAACGCGUUCUUGAUCGAUAUUGAGCGCACGAGUUCGGAAUCCUCCAAACUCAAUUCACAAGACACAACGUGCUGCUUGCAAACUGUAAGGUUUUAUUCUCUAAAAUAAGUCUGCGUUUACAAGGCUACUUGUAACAUUCUACCCUGUAUGUAUUACCUAAUCAUAUUGUUCAUACAUUUGCAACGGAAACAAUCUCGGGUGUUACAUUAAUUACCAAAAUUUACCCAAUUAAAAUUUCAACAUGAAUUACUCGCGUAAUGGGCUAACAGUUCUUGCAACUAGACCUGCAAAAUAAUUUAUAUGAAUAUAUGCAUUCAUAGACUUACAUAUAUACUCACAACCAUAUACAUUGGCUUUCAAAGCCAUAGCCACAGUUUUCAUACUCCACAACUGCAUACCAUACUUAUACCUGCCAUAAUCAUCACAACUUACACACUUACACAACUAUACACAUAUCAUCAACCUUCCACACCUGUGGAUAUCUCACACUACAUCAGGAGCUAUUAUGCACAUGAAAAACGUUCUCAAAACAUUUUUACAAAAAGGUGUGGAUCACUGGCCAAAAUCUCAGGUAGUCGUCCAAGCACAAAAUAGUUGAAGACAAUACCUCAUUUUGCCUUCAAAUCCUCGCUCUGCUCACACUUAUGUACUUGCUACUGCUACUGCUACUGCUACUGAUGAUUUGCUUACACAUAGCAUAAGCAGAGGAAAAGAAUAAAAGAGGGUCAGCUCAUAGGUGAGUGAGAUAAUCAUAGCAUCGUGAGUUCAUAACAAAGCAUACCACUAUCAUACAUCUAGCAAACAAGCCAAAGCAAUAGGAUCGGACCUCAGCCAUCCGACAUCCCAAUAGGUAAAAGACUCAACCACCUUGACUUAUGCAUAUGCAUCUUAUCAUGUUUUAAUCAUAGGCCCCUGGCUACUCCCAUGCUAAUAACUCUCCCAGGAAACAUACCCCACAUCCCUUCGGAUGUAGUCAUACAUACCCCAACAUCCCGUCGGAUGUGGUCAUACAUACCCCACACCACUAUGGGUGUAGUUGACUCGCUCCUACCGUCACUCUAGAAAAUGGCCAAGUGUAACCACCUCCUAAAGCGUAGUAUAUCGGGUUUGGGUUUUAAUGUCAACCCUGGUCCUAGAUGUCAUGACUACUCCGUGAGUUCUUAUUAUUUAGCAGUGAAACUUUAGUGAAGGUCCAAACAAGCAAACAAGCAAGCAAGUAAAAAGGUUGUUUCAAGUCGAGAGAGGUCACCCGAAUAUGGUUCUCCCUAGACUGCAGUUAAGCCAGAUUAUAAUUUAUCAAGUUCAAUUUCAAUGAUAGUUAUACUGCGGGAGGUUCUUAAAUAGUCUGCAGUCUCGACUAAAGGUCUCCAGACCCUCUCAAUCUGAGUCUCCAGCGGGCGACUAACCUCCACCGGAGUAGACAGAUUGAGGCCCUAAAGAACCAAACCUCCACUACCGAAGUGAAUUCGGUACAGAAUAGUGAAUUGACUCCUCGACUAAAGUCGUCAAUUCACUACCUUCAAUUAAGGGCGCUCUAUCAACCUAGGAAGAUAUUUUCUUUCUAGGUUAAAGAAGAAACAACAGGAAUUUGAUCAGGAUUCAUGCCAUUCAACAAAUCAAACCUCAACUGAACAUAAUCAUAUCACUGAAUCUGUACUUGGGUUCAUACAAUCAUACCAAACAUACAAAUCUAGGGUUCUUCAUACCCAGGUGAAUAAGAAAGUUACUCCAUAGAGAGAGAUGGGAAAUCUAGCUCAGAUACGGAAAUCUGGCCCUCAAUCAGGUCUUCUCCAAGCUCAAGCCGGGCUCCAAUGGUGAUGGAGAUCGAUCUAUGACACUUGCAGGAUCAGUUUCGUCACUUUCUCUCUCUAGGUAUCGCUCUUUCUCUCUAAAACUCGGAACCCCUCUCUUUUGCCCUUCUUUUCCCUUAAGAAGUUGUCUGUCGCGAUCCCCGGCCUGAAUACCCGGUCGGGUAUUUUGGGUGGCGACCGGGCAUUUUCAAAACGCAGCGUCUGGAGACAGGGGAAAAUCCCCGGUCAAGGCCAAGAAUCCCCGACCGGGGAUUUUAGUGUCACGAUCGGCACCCCCUCUGCUUCUCAGACGCCCAAAAAUCCUUUUCCCCGGUCUGCUCGAAAUAAUACCCGGCCGGGUAUUUCUGCUCAUGGCCGGGUAUUUUGCUCCUCCAGCACACUUCGACCCAAACGUGCCUCUUUCGACCCGAAACUCGUUUCUUCGCCUCGAUGCCAACGCUAAGUCCUGAAAUAUGACUUAAACGCACAACCUAGCCUGAAAUCGGCUUAAAACACGAGAAUCAACAUCUCAAAUGGCU